ACACCUUGUGAGAGGUUCUGACCACACGAUCGCUGAGUUUAUUAGAGUAUGUGAAAACAAUUACGCUAAAUGAGAAUUGGGGAAUAUCGGAAUCGUUAGCAUUUUAAAAAUAAAUCUCAGAUUGCUUGCCGAUUUUACCGAUUUUUUUAUUGCUUUGAAUGUGAAUGCGAAUUUACAUGCCACUACGUCACGGAAUCCGUGGAGCAGCCAAAAAAACAUAUUUCAGAUCUCUGCAGGCGAGCAGACUCACAAAACUUCAAAGGUGUAAACAUUUUAAAGCUAAAGAAAGGAAGUGUCAUGGCUGAAAGCAUUGCAGAAUAUAGCUAUCCCAACAAUAACUCGCAAAUGAUCUUCCUAAAUCAAGAACUGGGACCCGCACUGGAAAGAAUCUUUAAUGACUCAAAUUCUUUGGGAAACCUCAGUGUAGCUCUUGGCAAUGUUUCCAUUCAGAACACAGAAAUUAUUAUGCAGGCGGUGGAAAUAUCAAAUAUUUCAGAUCUCCAAUCAUUUGUGAGAUGCUCUGUGGAUUUUGCAAACUUCACAAAGGUGAUUGUGAACGGAAAAUGGGUUUGUGUGGGACCGUGUCAAACAAAUGUCAACUUCUGCAGUGAACAUGGCAAAUGCUUUAAUGAGAUAAAUGGACCAAACUGCCAAUGUGAUCGUUCUAACUUUGAGGAGUUCUAUGGAUCACAGUGUGAGCUCUACCGCAGAAGAGCCGGUUUCUAUGGCGUUCUGUUUGGAAGUUUGGCAGCUUUUGUUCUGCUUCUCAUUGUUGUGAUUGUAAUAUUCGUGGUCCUGUAUCGAGGCAGGAGCAGGACGUCAUCCAAAAGAAAGUUAUCAUCGAUUUUUGGCGAUGUCUUCUUUGAUUUUACAGCAAGAGGAGACAACUAUAAUCUGCAUAAGAAUGUUUCUCUCUCCGAAGAGACAGUCAGUGGUAUUUAUAGACCUUAUCAGGAAAAUGCACCUGUAAGACCAGAGCCACAGGAUGUACGGAUGUCCAAUGAAUAGAGAUGAAGAAUGUUUAUUUCAUAUUUUGGAGAUAAUUAAAGCUCAGGAAUACAUAAUGAGUCCUUUAAUUGAUUCUGGUUUUGAUUUGAUAAUAAUUUAGUUUGGAAAAUAAAUGUUUUAAUAAAGUGAUUUUGAUUGCAUUAGUGUUGAAAUGUGCUUUACGAUGACAUAUUUAUGGUUAGAUAAACAAAUGACUGUUAUAUUGGGUAAAACCGGGUGGUAUGUCGGCGUUUGCCAUUAAGUUUUCUGUUUAGUUUCUGAUCUAUUUAUAUUCAUCUGUAAUCCUGCAUUAUAAUUUAUGAAUUAUGCAAUGUUUGUAUUUAAC